ACUCAAUUCCUCCUCAGAGACUCUCAGGCACUUAGUCGCAAACCCUAGCAGGUAUACUCUGAUCCUCGCCGCUCGCUGCCGGCUGCCCGUUGCCCACCGUCCUCGCCGGCAACUCUCUUUUCUCUCAUCCCUCGAUACUCAACGGUAUUCAAAUUGAAUUCGUUGAAUUUGUUUGUUUGGUUUAGUAGGGUUUUAGUUCGAGCUCCCUCGCUGCAAAAUACAGUUUUGUUUCUGCAACUGUUUGAUCCAGUUUCCAAACCAUGGCAAGCACUAAAGUUCAGAGGGUUAUGACCCAACCCAUUAACUUGAUUUUCAGGUUCCUUCAAAGUAAAGCUCGCAUUCAGAUUUGGCUCUUUGAGCAAAAGGAUUUGAGGAUUGAAGGCCGUAUCAUUGGUUUUGAUGAAUACAUGAAUUUGGUUCUGGAUGAUGCUGAAGAAGUGAAUGUCAAGAAGAACACCAGAAAGACAUUAGGGAGGAUCCUUCUUAAAGGAGACAACAUAACUUUAAUGAUGAACACGGGAAAAUGAUGAAGAAGAUGAACACCCAGGGUGUAUUGUAAACCAUACAUUCCAUUCAGCAAGGAGACAGAAUUAUCUUUCAUUUUGUUAAUCGCUGUCACUUAGAAUUUUGAAUAUCCGGUGUGAGAAUGGUUGUUAUGUAGAUUAGAUUUUGUUGCACUAGAUGAAUUCUUAGUUCAGCGACUUUCUUUGCUGUUCCACCUGUUCUGCCUUCUUUAUGCAUAUAUCAAUAUCUUAUAUUACGAUUGAGGAAAUA